AUGAAGUUAAUCAGCCGAACCAGUGGUAGCUACAAUGAAUCCAUAAUCACAUUAUUACCUCAAGAUAAGGAAGAUUUGUUUACUCUAUACAAUAUUAUUAAUGUUGAUGAUGAACUCAUAUUCAAAAAGAAAGUCACCCUAAAACUUGAUCAAGCAGGAAAGAAGAAGUCUGCAGAAUUGCUGAAAUUGCGCAUUAAAGUUGUAUCGACUGAUUUUGAACCGCAGCACGAGUUUUUGAAAUUUAAAGGUAUUACUACAGAGGAUGAGGGUGGGAAUGCCAACCAAGAUGUCGCUAUUGGAAAAUUCUUCAGUUAUCCUGUUAAUUACCAAUAUCCUUUUACUUUAAUCAAAAGUGAGUUCAACUCUUAUCAUGAAAAAUUAUUAAAAGAGGCCUGCAAUAUUUCCAGCCGUUCAGAUAUGGCUGCCGUCGUAUUACAAGAAGGAGUAGCACAUAUUUGUCUAUUAAAUUCUUUUUCCACAACUCUAAAGCACAAAGUUGAAUAUAGUUUACCCAAAAAGAGAAGAGGUGUUGAUAUUUUAAAGCAUAAUGAAAAGACUGAAAAGUUUUACAAGGCGAUUUAUUGGUCAAUGUUAAGACAUUUUGAUUUAGAGAAGCUAAAGGUCGUUUUAAUAUGUUCGCCAGGCUUUUAUGCCAAGAGUUUGUAUGAAAAGGUACUCCAAUAUGCUCAAGAAGAGCAGAAUAAAAGCCUACUGACAAAUAAGUCAAAGUUUGUCGUGGCACAUUGUUCUACUGGUUACCUACAGGGGAUAACUGAGGUACUUCGUGAUCCUGCUUAUUCAAAUAUAUUGAAAAACACCAAGAAUACAAAAGAAAUUUAUACUAUGGAUAAAUUCCUCAAGCAUUUAAACGAUGAUGACUAUAAAGCUUGGUAUGGUGAACAGGAAAUUAUGAAAGCUUGUGAAUUAGCUGCAAUUGAUACUUUAUUAAUAACAGACACUUGGUUGAGAUCAGAUGACAUUAAAAUCAGAAAAAAAUCAUUGGAAUUGACUAAAAAUGUGGAACAAAUGGGGGGUGAUAUUGUAAUAUUUAGUUCCAUGCAUUCUACAGGUGAAGAAUUAGAUAAUUUAACUGGCUUAGCCUGCAUACUAAAAUAUCCUGUCCCUGACCUUGACGAAGAUUUUGAAUAG